CAGCCCUCUACAACGUCAAUUCCUUCCGCUCCUUGCAUGAAUACGCAAACUCUUAAAAACUCGUCGGUGAAGUUUCGGUGAAGUUUCAGUGAAGUGUCAAUUAACGUGCUACGAAAAUGGCCGCUCUAAAAAGCCGUCUCGGCUUCACAAACACGGCCUCCUUCGUCCUAUUCUGCAUAUUCGGCGGUAUCCUAUUUCUCUUCUCCACUCUUCAACUUCCCUACAUAAACAUCGAUGGCGUGUUCUGCGCAAAAGGAGAUCCGUGGUCUGUACCGGGAGAAUGUUAUGUAUUUCAGAAACCGGGCCUCAUGCGUUCUGGCAUGCUUUUACAUCUGGCGACGUUCUUACCCGCGGGGGCUCUGGUGUGUUUUCAGUUCGUACCGGCUCUUCGAAAACCGAAGUAUAUAAAGUUCCACCGUAUAAAUGGAUAUGUUGUCUUGGUACUCUCGGGGUUGGGGACGGUUGCGGCAUUGAUUAUUGAGAGUAAGGCUAUGGGUGGGAUCUUCUCAAAUAGGAUUGGAACAUGGACCCUUGCGACGCUGGUAACUACCGCGAUGGUGAAGGGUUAUGUCAGUAUCAAGAACAGGGAGAUUGAGAAGCAUCGCGCUUGGAUGCUGAGGGCCUGGUUCUGGGCAACAUCAAUCAUCACCAUGAGAGUUAUCCUGAUUUCCCUAGCUCAUGUCAUUGGCCAACCCUCUAGAUCAAUGACCAUGAGCAUGCCGUGUGCGGUCAUCGAAUACCUACACGAAAGCUUCCCUGGAACGAGGCAGAACCCAUAUCCAAGUUGUUCAGCAUACGUUUUAGGAGAGAACUUGUUGCAAGAAGCGUUUGUGACGACGAAUUGGGACUUGAACGAUUUGCCUGGUAUAACGGCUGCUUUGAGAGUUGGAUAUGCUGUUGGAGGUUGGCUUGGUUUUCUUACAAAUGCAAUUGGGAUAGAAAUCUAUAUAUGGAAAACGGCGCCUAUACGGAAAGUAAAGGUUUGAUGGAAGCUCGGAGAUAUAGGCGUAUAUAGUUAAUAAAAAGUAUCGAUUUGCG